GCCGCAGUUGCCGUUUUUAAUAAGUGAAACUUAUUAAAUUGCUUACACGGCAAUCUUGAAGGCGCUUUAAGUUUAUUUUUAACUAAUGCAUCGAUUUUUACUGUGUGAAUUUUAGCAAGUAGAAUGUGAAAAAUCGUGCCAGCGAUUAGGGAAAAUUUUCGCGACCCGCCAUCGUCUACGCUAAUCUGUAAACUGAUUACAACAAAUAAAAAAAUGAAAAGAAACUAUGUACUUAUUGUUCAACUUAUAACCCCAUAAAAGUAUGUGUAAUUAUUUUAAUUAUUUGUAUGCUAUACAUGACAAGCUUGAGCUAGUCAGCGCUGUCAGUUCCGUCGGGCCAAGCCGUCGAUUAGAAGGUGUGCUGUUCGGGCAGACGUCGGGCUAGCGAUGGAGUUGUCUUGGCUAAGAAUAUCAGGUGUGCUCUGCGUGUUUGGAUUUUUGCGCGAGCUGCGUCCCUCGGAGCCCUACCAUGCCGAAAUACUGCUGGGCGAGUGGUACAAUGUGACACAGGAUCAGGUUAAUCGGGCUGUCUAUCCCAUUGGCACCUACUCAUAUCUGGCUCUAUUGAUUGUUGUCUUUCUGAUAACAGAUUUUCUCAGAUACAAGCCAAUGAUUAUUGCGAACGCAUUAACUGGAAUUAUUGUUUGGAGUGUUUUGAUAUGGACGACAACGUUGUUGGGCUUGCAAAUUGUCGAGGUGUUUUAUGGCUUUUAUCAGGCCACCGAAGUGGCAUACUAUUCCUAUAUAUAUGCCAAGGUCGAGAAAAAGUAUUACCCCCGUGUUACCUCCCACACCAGAGCGGCCAUGUUUGUGGGCAAGCUGGUGGCCGGCUUGUCCGCCCAGUUGCUCAUCAGCUUUUAUUGGAUGAACUAUAUGCAGUUGAUGUACAUAUCUGUUGGCUCGCAAGUAUUGGCCCUUCUCUGGGCCAUUGGAUUGCCCAGAGUUGAGAAGAGUUUGUAUUUCCAUCGGAAAGCCAGUGCCAGUGUCGAGGCAAACACACCUGUUGCACCUGUUGAUAAUAUUGCGCCUAAGGAUGCUAAGGACGCACCUGAACUGUCAGUUGCCAAAAAGGAUCGUGUUCAGCCGAUUCAGCUGCUGUGGGCGCACUUUCACAGCGCCUACACAAAUCCAAUGGUUCUACAGUGGAGCUUAUGGUAUGCCAUUAGUCUGGCCGGCUAUCUGCAAGUCACAACCUACAUGCAAGUCGUAUGGAAAUCGUUUGAAAACGAGCCCACGAUUGUAUGGAAUGGGGGCGUGGAUGCCGCCUUAACUGCACUAGCUGCUCUCUUCUCUUUAAUGGCAGGCUAUUUGCAUGCUGGUCGUUUAAAAACGCGCUCCAGCCUGUUAUUGUUGGCUGUGCUUUCGGUUCUUGAGGGUGGCUGCAUAUUAUUGGCUUCCUGGACAACCAAUAUAUAUUUAUCAUAUCUGGGCUAUGUUUUAUUUGGGGCGUUAUUCGGUUUUACCAUUACGGUGGCCAGCGCCGAACUGGCCAAAAGUUUGGUGGAGGAUAGUUUCGCCUUGAUCUUUGGAAUUAACACACUCAUUGCCCUCAUCCUUCAAACUUCCCUCACUCUCGUGGUCGUCUCCGAGAGUGGAGGACUUUAUCUGACCACAUUUGAGCAGUUUACCGUCUACGCGUUUUAUUAUAUUGUGGUAGGCACUGUGUAUUUCAUAGCCAUUAUCGUUCAAUAUGCUAUGACAUGCAAAACUUAAUAUAUGGGCAAAAUUGAGAAGGCCCAAUUACAAUAUUUUAUGGUUAGUGGAGUUGUGAGUUCUUGGUCGUAUCUUAAAAAAUCAUUUUUAUGUAAAUACUUAAGAUAACAUAAGAAAAUAAUGUUACAUGUCAAACAAUAAUAUAUAAAAUUCUGUGUUCAAGAAAUGCGUUUCUCGAUUAUAAAAAAAUAUUCUUUUUAGAUUUAAGGUUAAAGUCUAUUAAAUGUCUUAUAUUCAUAUAAUUCGUAAUGUUUACAAAUUUAUAAAUUCCACAUUGAUAUUGAAGAAUUUAUUUCCGUUAUUUUGAAUUGCAGUCUUGCCAGAUCAAGCAAAAAAAAGUGAAAUUUCCGUCUAAGACGGCGCCGAUAAAUAUAUA